AGACAGUGGUAGGAAGGCGGAUAUACGGAGUGUAUGAUCUACGAACUGACGUCCUGGUCCACCGUAGAUAGUCCGGCGGAGUACCCACCCACCUGAAGUCCGGAAACUUUUCGAUGCUUUGAAGCUUCCCUUGUUCGGAUACAAGACGCCUCUCGGGCAAGACACCUCUCUUCUUCAAUCAAAUACCACUUUAACCAAAUUAUCUCACCUCAUUACUCACCCGCAGUCUUCCUAAGACCUCCACGUCGGCCUAUCUCGAGCUCUUUGCAGAGUAAUAUCAAGCUUUGUGUACGGCCGGCUCCAACAGUUAUACACACCACCUUGUCCCUGAAGUCAGCAAAUAUGGGUUUCACAACAGGUUUCCUGGGUGGACUUACCCUAACUUACUCAGUCCUUUACAUGUCAUUAUACGUGCACCGGACCAACAGACACGCGCAACGUACACUCCUCAAACAACAAGCGACGUUACUCAACUCGGCCGUCGACCCUCUGCCUCCGCUGCCCGACCCGCCGGCGUACGAAGUUCGGAAGGCGGGGUUGGUCGAAGAGCUCAAGGACCACUGGAACACCGAGGUCGAGACGAUCGUGCGCAACCUGCAGACGACCGACUGGGCGGCCAAGCGUGGGGAGUGGGAAGACAAGAUCGCGGCAGGCUGGGCCAAGAUCAGGUCGAGUCAGACCGCUCAGGACCUCGAGGCCCGGGCCAAGGACACGGCAAAGGAGGUCGAGCGGAACGUCAAGCAGGCCGUGAGCGAGGGGAAAGCCGCGGCCAAGGACGUGAAAGACAAGGUGGUCCAGAGUGGUGAGCAGGCGAGUGAAAAGGCAAAGAAUGCAACGAGAGAACCGAGGCUCCUGGAGUUGAAAUGAAAAAGAAAGAAACUCGACAAGAAAGAAAAGAUUUAAACAAAAACUAAUGCUGAUAACCAUGAUACGAACUUGAUUCUCUCGACAUUGUCUUAGGGACCUGCCGGAAACCACCCCCCCUCACUGUCAUAAUAAACUGGACUUCAAGACGGAACCCGGGACCCCCUGGUUCGCAAGAUCUUGGUACCAAAUUCGAGAAAGAGCGCCUCUGGACAAUCCGAGUCCGAUUUCCUUGAGCCGACAUCGUCAGCUCGUCGAAGCGUUACGCGUGGCACGUGGGCAUCAAGACUCUACUACUAGCCAUCGAGGUCGUGUCUUUCCAUUGUCAACAGCGAGGCUCAUGCGUCGUCCAAAUUAUGGCACCCGGACGCAUACAGAGGCUACAAAUCAUCGACCUGCCCACUACUGACGAACCUCCCAAGUCGUGGGUGCUAAACGAAUCGUGGAUUGUGAACCAAGAUGGAUUCUCGCUUGCCCAGGCCAUCGAAGAUGGUGGCGACUCUUCUGGACAGACACAGCAGAUCAUGGGUCAGGGGGAACUGGGAAUUCAAAAAUUCAUGGUGGUGACCAGGAGACGGUGUCACUCGCACCGAGGGGCAUCAGAGCGCGAACCCAGGGCUAAAUAGACGCCGGGGUCGAUUUCUACCAGAGUCACAAGACACAAAGGCACAUGUCUAACGGAAUGUCAUGCAAUGGAGUCUUGUUGGUGGUGACAGAGUCUUCAAAUGUCAAUCACAGAUCUUGGUCUUCCUAACGAUCGAUUUCGUUUCAAUUUUCUUUCAUCUAUUUGAAAUCUCAAGGCUAUCCUUUGGAGUCAUCUCCUUCCAGAACGAAGUACUUCCUCCCACCCCUUGAUCUGCAACCCUCCCCGGGACAAAACAAUACGAAAACAAGCACCCCGUAACACCGUGCAUGGUUCAUUGCCUACCUACCUUGUGUACCUAAG